UUCAUAUUGAUAAAAAGGUUAAACAGGUGAAUUGAGCGAAACCUCCAUGGUCUUGGCUAAUUCUUGCCUGGAACAGUAUGGAUUCAAAGUGUAAAUAAUUUAACGAUGUAGGUCCAAGGGAUCUCUUCCGACGAAUGCUAGAACCUCAGCAGGUUGACAAUCCCAACGCCUUCUUCUCUGCAAUAUCCCUAACCCAGUGGUGCCCUGCCACUCUGCAACUUCUUAACGUCUUCCACUGCCUGCUGUGUAUAGAUAUGGCAAAUUCCAUGCACAAUUCUAUAUCUUGAGAUAUGAAUACAUGCGCAGCCUUUUGGUUAAAGAAAGAUUCAGAAUUCACGUGCCUCUUCAUACAGAAUUUGUUUCAUACUCAUAAAGUACUCAUUCUCUGCUUGCAUACACAGAGUAUUAUCAUUUUCAAGGUUUUUUCUUUUCUCUUUUAGCUUUGAUAUGUGUAUAUAUAUAUAGAGAGAGAGUGGUGGAUUUUCAUGGAAUGGAUGAAGGGUGUGGGUCUUGUGUGACUGUGGGUAUCAUGGGUAGGUGCUGCUUCGGUGUGGUAUCGAUUGCUGUGCUGUGUUUUGCUGCGUUGGUGAGUUACGGGGCGGAAGGGUAUCCGGCUGAAGAUCUGGUGGUGGAGUUGCCUGGCCAACCCAAGGUUGGGUUCAAGCAGUUUGCUGGGUAUAUUGAUGUCGAUGUGAAGAAUGGGAGGAGCCUGUUUUACUACUUUGUUGAGGCUGAGAAGAACCCUGAAAAGAAGCCCCUUGCUCUCUGGCUCAAUGGAGGUCCUGGUUGUUCCUCCGUUGGUGGAGGUGCCUUCACCGAGUUGGGUCCAUUUUUUCCUACAGGGGAUGGCCGAGCCCUUCGAAGAAAUUCAAUGUCUUGGAACAGAGCAUCAAACAUCCUAUUCGUCGAGUCACCUGCUGGAGUAGGGUGGUCAUACUCAGAAACAGCUUCUGAUUACACUACAGGAGAUGCCAAAACUGCCAACGAUAUGUAUAUUUUCUUAUUGAAGUGGUACGAGAAGUUCCCAGAAUUCAAAUCACGGGAACUGUUUCUUACAGGAGAAAGUUAUGCAGGGCAUUACAUCCCACAGUUGGCUGAGGUUCUUCUGGAUCAUAAUGCACGUUCAACUGGUUUCAAGUUCAAUAUCAAAGGAGUUGCUAUUGGGAAUCCACUCCUUAGACUUAAUCGGGAUAUUCCAGCAACGUAUGAAUUCUUUUGGUCUCAUGGGAUGAUUUCUGAUGAGAUUGGCCUCAAGAUCAUGAAUGAAUGUCAAUUUGAUGACUACACAUUUGCAAACCCGCACAAUGUAACAGAUUCAUGUAAUGAAGCUUUAACACAAGCAAAUAUAAUUGUUGGUAGUUUCAUAGACAACUAUGAUGUGAUCCUAGAUAUUUGUUAUCCAUCAAUAGUGGAGCAAGAACUGCGACUGAGGAAACUGGCUACCAAGAUAAGUGUUGGAGUUGAUGUCUGUAUGAGCUAUGAAAGAAGUUACUACUUCAACCUUCCUGAGGUUCAGAAGGCUCUUCAUGCCAAUCGAACAAAUUUACCGUAUGCAUGGUCCAUGUGCACUGGUGGUUUAGAGUACAGCGAUACGGAUGCUAAUAUGGACAUGCUUCCCAUUCUCAAAAAGAUUAUUAAAAAUCACAUUCCAGUUUGGGUGUUCAGUGGUGAUGAAGAUUCUGUUGUGCCACUUCUGGGCUCUAGAACACUUGUUCGCGAGCUAGCUCAUGAUCUAAACUUGAAGAUUACAGUUCCUUAUGGAGCUUGGUUUCACAGAAGCCAGGUGGGAGGUUGGGUAACAGAAUAUGGAAAUUUAUUGACAUUUGCCACAGUAAGAGGUGCUGCUCAUAUGGUGCCAUAUUCACAGCCAUCAAGAGCUUUGCAUCUGUUCAGUUCAUUUGUACGUGGCAGGAGAUUGCCAAAUUCGACACGAAUUCCAACGGAGGAUUAAUUAAGAAUAGGAGUUUAUGGUAUUUCUCAAAUCAAAAUUCUGAUAAGAAUAAGUAAUAGGCUUCAAAGGAAAGGGAUUUCCAAUUAUAGUUGAUAUGUGUUUUGAUUGGUCAUUAGAAUUGGAUGUUUAGAGUUUGGAAUCAUAAAAGGGAAGCUAGCUACUCCCUUGCCUUAAAUAACAGAAGACUGCUUCA